CGCUGCGGCCAUUGUCCAGCCCCGUUGCGGCGGAGGCCGCUUUGGGCAGCUAACCCUUCUGCAGAAAAGACUUGGAGAGCUCAGAGCCUGCAGCGGGGGUCGAGGGGCCGACCUGAGGCCCUGGGUGGGCCUGAGGUCGCAAGUCCUGAGCCCCUGGAGGCAGUGAUUCGCAGUGCGCGGCCGCUGUCCGGGAGCCCGCCCCGCAGAGGCAGGAAUGGCCCCGAGGCCUCCGAUGGCCGCGCCCCAGGAAUCAGUGACAUUCAAAGAUGUGGCUGUGGACUUCACCCGUGAAGAAUGGUACCGUGACCCUGCUCAGAGGAGCUUAUACAGGGAGGUGAUGCUGGAGAACUACAGCCACCUGGUUUUAGCAGGGUAUCAAGUUUCCAAGCCAGAAGUGAUCUUCAAAUUGGAGCAAGGAGAAGAGCCAUGGAUAUCAGAGGGAGAAAUCCAAAGACCUUUCUGUUCAGGUAAAUGA